AUGUACGACAAUGAAGAGAUAAAAUCUGAAAAUGGCGAGGCAUUGGAAGUUGCAAUUUGUGAUAUCACGAACGGCUACACUAUCAUCUACACGGGUUCAUUGUCGUCUGCUCCAGUCGACUUCUUCAUCCUCGAUGGACAGAUCAACUCUAACAAACGUCGAACUCCCUGGACUUCGAGUGAUUUCAAUGAAAGCAUCUUGACUUCGAGAGAAGAUAAACCAUCAUCUUUGAUCUCUGUGAAAAACAACCAAUUUUACCUCAAAUGUGGAGUUUGCUCCGUCAAGAAUCUAGUUGUCACAGACAAUUCCUGUUGGACCAAAUUCAAAACCUUUUGUUUGGGAGCCAAAAUUACGGCUGAAAAUGUUUUACAUGAGUUCGGUAUGAUUGGAGAAGCUGUUUCUGAACCCUUUAAUGUUUACGACAAGCGAGGGAAAGGGACGAAAAAGCAUCACCCUCCAAGUGAGAAAGAUGAAGUAUGGCGACUGGACAGAAUAAAAAAAGAUGGUCCCAUACACAAAAAGUUAUCUUUGUUUAAAGAGAUAAGCGAAGAUGGCAUACAAAAUGUGGGUGAAUUCAGGGAGGCUCUUCAUCAAAAGGGUCGUACAGCUCUAAAAAUGUAUCUAGGAAUGACAAACUCAGAGAAGACAUGGAAUCAGAUUGAAAGCCAUCUUAUGGAAGGUGUGGUUGAUGUUCCCACUAAUUAUGAUCCAACCUUUCAGGCCAACUUUCAUUUCAUGGAAACUGGGCAAGGUAAUUUCAAUCAGAACGUGGAAUUUAUUCAAGAAAAUCAAAACUUUCAGACUAUUGGUGAAUUGGGACCUAAUUCUAACGUCAAUAAUGAUCUUCCUGAAGAUUUGCGAUCUCAAUUAAACGUUGAUAUUCCACCAUCUCCGCUUGGACACAUGAAACUUGGAGCAUGAGAACCUUUUUCUUCAGAAAAAUUUUAGCCUAUAUCUAAAUGUAUUGCGAUAAAAAGACAUGUUUUAAAUGGGAGUGUUUUUGGAAAACAUGGUUUGGUUUUUUUUUUCUUUUUUUUUUUUUAAUUGAAUAUGCACGGUGAAGGGAUGAACCGUAAGU